CUCGACGAUCAGCUCGACGAUUUUCCCAACCUUUUAAGAGCCACACACACACACGCGGCACACACACUACCCGAUCGACUUGCCUUGUCAUGGCCGACGCGGAACGCCAGCAGCACGGCCCAGGCGACGGCGGGCGCCCCCACUUCCUCAUCGUGGCCUACGGCAUCCAGAGCCACCUCAACCCGUGCCGCGUCCUCGCGCGCCGCCUCCUGCAGCUACACGAUGCAGACGGCUCAGGCCCCGUCCUCGCCACGCUCUCGGUCCCGCUCUUCACCCACCGCCGCAUGUUCCCUUCGUCCGGCAACGGCGAGCCGGAGGGGCCGGAGGCCGCAGACGGUGCCAUCUCUUGCGUUGCCUUCUCCGACGGCGUCGACGACGGCACCACCGCCAGGGGCCCCGAGGAGAGGGCGCGCCGCCGCCGCGCGUCCGCCGAGAGCCUCUUUGCGGUCGUCGCGCGGCUCGCCUCCCGCGGCCGGCCCGUUACGUGCAUCGUGUGCAGCAUGAUGCUCCCCUGGGCACUGGACGUCGCGCGGGAGCGCGACAUCCCGUUGGCCGUGUUUUGGAUACAGCCGGCAACCGUCCUCGCCACCUACUACCACUACUUCCACGGCUACGGCGAGCUCAUCGCGUCCCACGCCGCCGACCCCGCGUACGAGGUGACUCUGCCCGGGCUCAGCCGGCCUCUCAGGAUCCGCGACUUCCCGUCAUUCCUCGUCGACACCACCGGAGGUGAGGUGGGCAAGGUCGUCAACGCGGUGUUCUGUGAGCUGUUCGAGUUCAUGGACGAGCAGAGGCGGAAUGUCAAGGUCCUCGUGAACACUUUCGACGAACUGGAGCCGGCGGCGCUGGCGGCCAUGAGGGAGCACUUGGAUGUGUUCGCCGUCGGCCCCGUGGUCGGGUCGUCGGCCGAGGCGCGGAUCCAUCUGUUCAACCACGCCGGUGCCGACAAGACGAGGUACAUGGCGCG